AUGGGUGACGCAGGCCUUUUCCAGCAGCGUGGCCGCCACAAGCUGACGCGCAGAGCGUUGAAAGUGACGGACAGCUGCCAAGCUCGCCUACAAGCUCCUGCAACUGGCACACUACACGUGAUCCGCUCCAAUACCGCCUUUGAUUCAAAAUUUAUUUCUUUCCCUUCCUCGCCUCCUUCACACAACACAGCACCACAGAUUAUCCCUCACCUCACCGCGACGCAAGCCGAAGUGCUUCAUUCACGCAAGCUCACACUAGAAGUAUUGGUUUGUGAGCGCGCUCCCGUGCUUCGGCUGCCCAGCAUGCCCCCAGGUCAACUAUCGCACAGGCUCUGCAAAUCAGAACAGCCGAACAACACUGGCUUGUUCUCGGAGUCUGAGGUUGGUGAAAAUGCAGAAGAGGAACCCAGGCACGAUUACAUGUUUAAGUUUCUAAGGUGGAUGCGCAAAGAAACCCGGUCAAACUGUUUGAGGGCACUCGAAAUGGAAUUCAAACGCAUUUUUCCUUUUCCCAUCUUCCCCUGGAGAUAUAUUGGGGAGGCGCCCACAGGUCCUUUUGCAGGCUGCCAUGAUAGGUCGGUAGGCAUAACGAGGGCGCUUCAGAUUCAUAUACUUAGGCGACUGGGCCCCGACGGGCCCAAAGGAUGGAGGAAAAACAGGAGACAUGUAUGGUGGAGACCAGUAUUAUCCCCGGAUAAGAUUCUCGGGAACCCGCAACCUCAGCUGAAGCUUGAUACGGAUUCCGCAAACUGCCUUGGUCAACUUCCGGAUGCCACUAGCCACCUGAAACAAGAAAGCCCUUCGCUGGCACCACCAGCAUCUCCUGGCCACAACAAGGCGUGUGUUCGCCGGAAUAAUGACGAGCCCUCCAGUGACCUGUCAGCAAACGAAGAAAAUUGCGAUGUUUCCCAUGGUGGCCAGAACUUGUCGACUGUUGCCCCAAACUCGAGUCUUUCCCAACUCAAAGAGGGGCGUGAUGAGCACGAUAGCCAAGCCUCCGUCCCAAGUGAGCGACAAAGCACAAGUGCCAGCUUACUACCCUCCGCUGAACCACGCAGCGCCCUUUCUGUUUUACUCGAAAGACUCGCCAGCAUGAGUGACCGUUUGUAUUGCGUAGUGGACGAAAACUUUGACAUUGAUACCAUUGCAUGGCUCGUUAUCGGGCUUGGAGCCGAUGAGUCUCGGCAACGUCUCUUCAAUUUUCUUGAUGAAGCGACAAUGGGUGUAUGGUAUUGCUUGGGUGACGUCGUCUCUCAGUCCUUUCGCUUUCUGAUUGAACUGGAAUCUCCCGAGGAGGCUUGUGUAUCUCAUGGACUGUCAUGUAAGCGAGUUAUGGUGGUUCAAGAUGAGCUUGGCUGCAGACAACUUCGCUUCAAGACAGUUCAUCGCGCUGAAUGA